CCCCCCCCCCGUUACUACAGCACAGAUGACAGAUGAUGCACAAAAACAAUAACAUCUGGGCUACAGACACAAAACUCGUCUCAGCACACAUAAACAUCAGUAGAAAUUGUGUGAACAGAUCUGCUUUGUGACUUCAUCUGUAACUUUUGUGAGGCAACUCACAGAGUUAUGAUUGCUUCAUCACAUGACUGAGAUAUAACUUUACGCACUAAUGAGGGCAUGAGGGGUGCCUUGGUUGGAGCACAGGAAGAUAGACUUCAAUAUGCCCAUAUCAGCACAAACUGAGCAAAAGUACUCAACAUGGACUGGGUUGGUGUACAUAUUCAACCUAAUUGUGGGGACUGGAGCCCUAACUUUGCCCUCUGUCUUCAAUCGAGCUGGAUGGGCUGUAGGCGUCGGACUCGUCCUUGUGUUGGCGUUCAUGAGCUUCCUUACUGUCACCUUUGUUGUGGAAAGCAUGGCAGCUGCCAAUGCGCUGCUGAAAUGGAAAAGGAUUCAAGAAAGGAAGUCCUCAGUUGAUCACACCAGCGAACAUAAUGACACACCCGAAGACGCAGAGGAGGAUGAUCCAUUGGUUGAGCAAGAGAACUUAGUAAACCCAGCUCCUCUAAAUUUUUUCUGCAUCGAGGAGAAGGUGGAAUUGGGUCAAAUGGCGGUGUUAUUCUUCAGCCGAUGGGGCCAAAUUUUAUUUUACCUGUGCAUUAUCAUAUACCUGUAUGGAGAUUUGGCCAUAUACGCUGCUGCUAUCUCAAAAUCAAUGACUGAUGUCGUUUGUUCCCUGAACAUAGUAAACGGAACAAUGAACACAACUGUCCCUGAUUCCGCUUCCUGCUGGCUGGACAAUCCCAAGUACAGUCGGAUGGAUGUGUAUCGCGCCUUCCUGGGGUUAUUUCUCUUGCUUGUGGGCCCAUUCACCUUUUUCAACGUCCAGAAGACCAAAUAUCUGCAGAUGUUUACUUCUGUAAUGCGUUGGACCGCGUUUAGCUUGAUGAUCAGUAUCGCGUCUGCAGUGCUGAUUAAAGACGGCGUUCAGGGUCAUCCACCUCUCGCCACCCUAUCAGGACUGCCCGCGCUUUUUGGAGCGUGCGUCUACUCAUUUAUGUGCCACCACUCACUACCAGGUCUAAUUACACCAAUCAAGGACAAAAGUCGGCUCUACUCGUCCCUUCUGGCCGACUACCUGUUAGUCGCUUCUUUCUACCUGUUGCUGGCCCUGACCGGCGUGUUUGCCUUCAACCACCUGGAGGACCUUUACACCCUGGUUUUCUGGCAACCAGGCCACGCCACUGGCUACUUCCUGGCCCUCUUCCCCGUUCUCACCCUGAGCACAUCUUUCCCCGUGGUAGCGGUGACCCUGCGGUCCAACAUGGAAGCGCUGGCGCCCUCGUGCGGGCCCUGGUGGCUUCGUCGCGGCUUCUUCCCGCUACUGGCCAUCCUGCCACCCCUGGCAGUCGCCUUCACCACCACGGACCUGUCCAUCUUGGUAGGCGUCACCGGGACAUACGCGGGCGCCGGCGUGCAGUACGUCAUUCCAGCGAUUCUAGUAUGGUGCGCGAGGAGGAAAUCGAAGAGUGCUUUGAGACUCUCCUCAAGUGAAUGCCAAUUCGGAUCGCCCUUCAUUGGUUCAGGGUGGGUGGGGCUUGUCUUGCUCUGGGCGCUGGCGGCCGUGGUGCUCGUCACUUUCAAUACCAUUGAGAAACUUGAGGGAAAGAUUAAUUAAGGCUGUUAAAACUGAUUUAUUUAGCGGGAUUUUAAUCAAACUUAAAUAAUGAAUGUUUAAAUUUAGAAGGGUUAUUAUGUAUUAUUUAUAAAAGCUGUCUGCAUCCAAACAGGAAAGCUCAAAUUAUACUCUCUGCAUUAUCUCUGUCAAAAUCUUUAUUCCUAUAUACAUUGCAUUUGUUUUGAUAAAAUUCUCCUUGAAAUAAUUGCCAUAUUUCAUAGGAUAUAAAAAUAUUGUGGUAAUCUUCUGAUCAAUAUUCUUCAAUUGUAAGAUUGGGAAUUUUAAAACUAUUAGUAGUUGCUCACAUACCCUAUAAAAAGCUGCAGGUGUACUUUGCUGCUCUUGAAAACAUGUCAUUUCUAUGAAAUUCUGAUUGUCCAAUGUGAAUAACGUAGUGAUCAAGACAAUACAAAAGUGUGAAGAUAUUAACUUUAUCUAAAUAAAGCAAUAAUUAUUGAUUUA